UUCUACACAACUCACAAACACCCACCCGGCCACCCCCCUUUUCUUUUCUUUUUCAUUUUCUCAAUAAUUCACUCCGAUCACCAAAACCCAUCUCGUCAUUUGUCGGUGUGCGUACCCACUCUCACAUUCUGAUCCAUUUCAUUAACUUUCAACCUCUCAUUUACAACCAAUAACAAUCCUAUCGAUUGAGACUGUAACCUUACAAAAGAUGAAGCAAAAUUGGUGGAGAUCAGCUUCUUAUUACAAGCAGAAUCACUUCGUUUUCAAGUUGGGUCUUUCGAUUUUGCUCCUGGGGUUUGGGUUCAGGCUUCUGUUUUCACAAUCUUCCAAUGUUAUCCCUAAUGAAACAGAUAAUAAUAAUAAUAAUAAUAUUAAUAUUAAUAAUAAUAAUAUUAAUGAUAAUAUUGAUAUUGAUACCCCUGUUUUGGACAACGAUGUGAAGCCGAAACCUUUGGAUUUUGUUGAAUCCCCAAAAGAUAUCAGUCAAUUUCAACCUGAAGAUAAUGAGUCAGGAAAGUGUGAUAUCACUGAUGGUGAAUGGAUACCGAGUUCGAGCAGUCCGGCUUACACAAAUAGUACUUGUAGAUGGAUUGAAAGUCAUCAAGACUGUAUGGGAAACGGGAGGCCUGACGCCGGGUAUAUGUACUGGAAAUGGAGUCCGAAAGGUUGUGAAUUACCUCGUUUUGAUGCGAAAAAGUUUCUUGAAACGAUGAGGGAUAAAUCAUGGGCAUUUGUUGGUGAUUCGAUAACUAGAAAUCAUCUUCAAUCGUUCCUUUGUCUUUUAUCUCAGGUAGAAGAUGCGGUUGAACUUUACCAUGAUAAAGAUUACAAGGACCGAAAAUGGCAUUUUCCGUCCUACAAUCUUACAGUUUCGGUUAUAUGGUCACCUUUUCUCGCAAAAGCCGACAUUUUCGAAGACAUAGACGGCGUUUCAUCUUCCGAGAUUCAACUCCACAUCGAUAUUCUCGACAAAACUUGGACCGAACUAUUCGACACAUGGGAUUACGUCCUGUUUUCCUCUGGUAAAUGGUUCAUCAAAUCAGCAAUCUACUACGAAAACAAUUCCGUUUUAGGAUGUCACGGCUGCACCGGAAAGAACUACACCGAUCUCGGUUUCAAUUUCGCAUACCGAAAAAUCUUAAAGAAUCUUUUCGACUUCAUUUUAAAGUCCAACCGUAAAAGCAUGGUCAUCUACCGAACGUCAACCCCAGAUCACUUCGAAAACGGAACAUGGUCAACCGGCGGGAGUUGCGACAGAACGGUUCCCGCUAAAGAAGGCGACUUCGAGAUGAGUGAGUUGAACAGACUUCUUAGAGAGAUUGAGUUACCGGAAGUUUCAAAAGCCGAAGAGCGAGCUUCCGAAAAGGGGAUGAAGUUGAAGCUUCUCGACGUGAUGCCUCUCUCGUUGGUGAGACCAGACGGUCAUCCGGGCCCGUAUAGACAUUUUUACCCUUUUGCGGAAGAUAAGAACGCGAAAGUUCAGUAUGAUUGUUUGCAUUGGUGUUUGCCUGGACCGAUUGACAGCUGGAAUGAUAUGCUGAUGAACUUAGUGGUAAACGGUUGAGGCGAUGGCUUGUGAAUAGUGUUUUAAGAACUUCAUUGGUAUAUAUAUAUAUGUCUCCUGAAAGCGUAUGUAUGUUGUUUCGACCAUUGUUUAGGGUCUAGACGACGGACUAGACGUUUGUUUUCCGGGAUGUGAUAUUGUGAUGUUGUGAACUUUUUGUUGCUGGUUUUUGGUAGGGAAAGAUCUAAGAUCAGUUGGAUCAAGUAUUUGUAAGUUUUGUUUGUUUAUUAUGCUUUCGGCAUCGGUUCGCUCAGGAGGAACAGUCUUGUUUAUUAUGUUUUCAGUUUUUCUUCUUUAUGAGAUGCAACAAGUGUUUUAACAGACACUUUUAGAGUGAAA